GAAGGCAUAGGCUUAACCCACUGAGCCGCCCAGGCGCCCCUAACCCAGCAAGAUUUUUUGGUAGGUUUAGGCAAGGUUGGGCUAAAGGGGCAUUCAGAUCUUCAUGCUCUGUCCUGCUGUGCUCUCUCUGGUGACACAGCGCUUGCCACUCUGACACGUUGCUCCUCCCUCCCUCACAUCCAGACCUUUGCUUAGGCAGGUCCCUCCUCCCAGUGAACUCUCUGUCCAGUCUCUGCCCUGCACUGAAAGCCUCCCAGUGGCUCCCUCCUCCGCAACUCCUGCAGACCUCCCAGACCUGCUGGGGUGACCAGAGAGGCUGGGAUUUCCCUGGGACAAGCCUGGCCCAGAGCUGACAGGGGAGGGAGCUGGGGAGCUGACAGAAGAGGAAAUUCCCUGGGAACCUGUUUCUCUGCUUCCUGGCCCAGCUGGGUCACCCACUGGAGGGAGAGGCCAGGCCAUGGCCUCAGCCCUAAGCCCACCCCGGAACCCCAAACACAAGGGUGCUCUACCCUCACACUACUAUGAGAGCUUUCUGGAGAAGAAGGGACCCCACGACCAGGAUUACAAGAAGUUUUGGGCAGGCCUCCAGGGUUGCACUCUCUAUUUCUAUAACAGCAAUCGGGACUCCCAGCAUGUGGAGAAGUUAGUCCUAGAAGCGUUUGUGAAGCUCACGGAUGAGGUGCCCUGGGAAAGUUCAGGAGACCCUGCUAUCUAUUUCAGCCUGGUCCUCCGGAACCAAGAGAUCAAGUUCAAGGCAGAGAGCCUGGAGUCCCGGGAGAUGUGGAAAGGCUUCAUCCUGACGGUGGUCGAGCUGCGUGUCCCGUCCAACCUGACCCUGCUGCCCGGACACCUGUACAUGAUGGCCGAGGCCCUGGCCAAAGAGGAGGCGCGCCGCGCGCUCGAGCUGCCCUCCUGCUUCCUGAAGGUGAGCCGGCUGGACGCGCAGCUGCUCCUGGAGCGCUAUCCCGACUGCGGAAACCUGCUGCUGCGACCCAGCGGGGACGGCGGGCACGACGUGUCGGUCACCACGCGCCAGACGUUCAACGGGACGUCGGUGGUCCGGCACUACAAGGUGAAGCGUGAGGGCCCCAAAUAUGUGAUCGACGUGGAGGAGCCGUUCUCCUGUGCCUCACUCGACUCAGUGGUCAACUAUUUCGUGUCACACACCAAUAACGCGCUGGUGCCCUUCCUGCUGGACGAAGACUACGAGAAGGUUCUAGGCCACGUGGAGGCGGAUAAAGAGAACGGCGAGAGUGUGUGGGUGGCAAGCUCGACCCCCGCGGCCCCCAGCCCAGGGCCCACACUGGCCUCCGGUGACCCCAAGAAGCUGCCUCCCCUGCCCAUCACGCCUGUGGCAAGCCAGGACAGGUCACCCCCACUCCUGAACGAGGACGAGAACUAUAUGAUCCCCAUCGGAGACGACCCAGCUGCCAACUACGUGAAUGGGGAUGUGCCUCCCCCCAGUCGGCAGGUCCCGAAGCCCGGGAAGUUGGCAAAGGUUCAGGCCAAGCCUCUAAAGCCACCUGCUGCCCGCAAGCCAGAGCCCAAAGUCCUCAACAGUGGCCUGGCCAAGAAGCUAGCGGUGGGCUCAAUGCAGACCCUCUUCCCCACAACAGCCCCAAAGCUGGCAGAUCUGACAGCAGAGCUGGAAGAGAAACUGCAGAGGAGGCGAGCGCUGGAGCACUGAGGCGCAGGCGCCGGGGGUCCGUGAGCAGCUCCCCGGCUGUGAAGUCAGCCAGGCCAACCGCUCCCCCAGAAUAAAGCUCAAGUGAUUCCCCUGGGG